UGUAUUUCCAGGUAUAGUGGUUUAAACCAAGAUGAAUGGAGACAGUUUGCAAGAAUGUGUUUUGAAACAAAUUGGGAAAUAUGAGGCAGUUGAUUCCAAUGUGCUUGCUGCUGCUUUGGAGGUUGAUCAUCAAGCCAUUGUUGGUGCAAUAAAGAGCAUUCAGUGCUUUGGUGAUGUCAUAAAGGUUGAACCAAGGAAUAAUAAGAAGUGGUGUGUUACUGAUGAAGGGAAACUCGUUAUUAAAAACGGGAGUUAUGAAUACAACAUCUACCAAGCAGUUCCUGCUGAAGGAAUCCUGCAAUCGGAACUGCUUCAAAAAGUUUCCAACGCAAAGAUUGGUUUCAGCAAAGCGAUGUCGAACAAAAUGAUCAAAGUUGACAAGAAAUGUGAGGGAGGGGCGAGGGUGUUCAGGAAUCAGGAAGACCUAAAAGAUGAAACAUGGAGUAAUUUAGUCGCGCUACAGAAUGGUAAUGUGGGGCAAGUUGGGGAGAAAGUUCUUGCGGAGUUAAAGAAAAGAAAGUUGGCUCAAGAAGUUGUGAAUAAAAGUUUUUAUGUUGAGAAAGGCGAUGCUUUCACUUUGAAACUAGAGAAACCGGAGACGGAUCUCACUGCGCAGAUGAUACAAGAUGGAUCAUGGAAGACUAAGACAUUCAAGGAAUAUAAUUAUAAUGCUCUUGGCGCUCCUCCAGCUGCAGGGCAUCUUCAUCCAUUAAUGAAAGUAAGAUCAGCGUAUCGCCAAAUCUUCCUCGAGAUGGGUUUCACUGAAAUGCCGACAAAUAGUUUCGUGGAAAGCUCGUUCUGGAACUUUGACGCUUUGUUUCAACCCCAACAGCAUCCUGCUAGAGACGCACAUGAUACUUUCUUUAUAAAUGAUCCAGCAAUAUCCACAAAGUUCCCACAAGAAUAUUUGGAGGGUGUCAAGAUGGUUCAUUCAAAAGGAGGGUUUGGAUCCCAGGGUUACAGAUACGACUGGAAAAUUGACGAAGCUCAGAAGAAUGUUCUACGCACGCACACAACCGCCGUGAGUGCGCGCAUGUUGUACAACCUUGCACAACAGAAGGAAUUCAAACCAGUCAAAUAUUUUUCCAUCGACCGAGUUUUCCGGAACGAGACGCUCGACGCGACUCACCUCGCUGAGUUCCAGCAAGUGGAGGGAGUCGUCGCCGAUCGAAGCGUGACACUCGGGGACCUCAUGGGCGUCCUGCAUGAAUUUUUUAGGAAACUAGGCGUCCACCAGCUGCGUUUCAAGCCUGCUUAUAACCCGUACACUGAGCCUUCUAUGGAGGUGUUCGGGUACCAUUCGGGGCUUAAAAAAUGGGUCGAGAUUGGAAAUUCUGGGGUUUUUAGGCCAGAGAUGUUGAGACCAAUGGGUUUACCUGAAGAUGUGAAUGUUAUUGCAUGGGGUUUAUCAUUAGAGAGGCCGACUAUGAUUAAACUUGGUAUAGAUAAUAUUAGAGACCUAGUAGGGCAUAAAGUGGAUUUACAAAUGGUAUACGACAGCCCGAUUUGUCAAAUGGAUUUCUAAACAUUUAUUUACUGCUAAUAAUUGUUUCAAUAUUUAGUAUCACAUGAGUUAUUUUCAAUGGUCAUACGUUCAAAUAGAAAAAUCUAUCAUGUAUUUAUGCGUUGGGUGUUGUUAAUAAAACGUACAGUACCAGCU